AUAACUGGAAACCAACGAUGUCUGAGUGUGCCUCAGGCUUUUGAGACCAGGAACAGAGUAAAGAGAAGCUCUUCACAAUGGCACCAAAGAAGGCCAAGAAGAAGGAAGCUGCCAGCUCCAACGUAUUUAGCAUGUUUGAGCAGUCACAGAUCCAGGAGUUCAAAGAGGCUUUCACCAUCAUGGACCAGAACAGAGAUGGCUUUAUUGACAAAAACGACCUGAGGGACACAUUUGCUGCUUUGGGACGUCUCAAUGUUGGCAAUGAUGAGCUUGAUGAGAUGCUAAAGGAAGCAUCGGGCCCUAUUAACUUCACCGUCUUCCUCACCAUGUUUGGAGAGAAGCUCAAAGGUACAGACCCCGAGGAGACUAUUCUCAAUGCCUUUAAGAUCUUCGACCCUGAGGGUACAGGAAUCCUUAAAGGAGAAGAGAUCAAAUAUCACCUUAUGUCCCAGGCAGACAAAUUUACAGAGGCUGAGGUAAACCAGAUGUUCACAAACUUUCCCUUGGAUGUGGCUGGCAACCUGGAUUACAAAAACCUGUGCUACGUCAUCACCCACGGAGAGGAUAAGGAACAGGAGUGAAAACUACAUUUCCCAUGUUUUUCCACGUUUGUUCAUGUCCAUUUGUGUGUUGUCUUCUCCUUAAGCUCUGUACCCACCUUUUGUCAAUAAAGAGGUAAAAAAAACAUCUAGUCUAGUUACAAGUUACAGUUAACUUGCUCAGAUACUCAUGGCAACAAUAAAAGACUUUUCAAAUAAAUAAGUAAAUUAUAAAAUUUUUAUUUCAAAAAGAAAUAAAUCAAAAAGUCAAGGCAAAAUAUUUAGCUCUCAAUAACAUUAAACAUUUGCGUGGGAAACCUUUAAACACUCUUAACACAACAAGAAGAAAAAGCCCAAGAUUCGGAAAGAUUUCGUUCCCUCCUGAGUGGAUUACAAAAGCUCAAGCGCAACAAGCUUAAAGCCACACUG